UAGCUUACGCGUACGGCCAAGACGUGGCAUGAAGUACAAAUAUCUUUCACGUCCGCCAUAUUGACAUUCGACAACUUUUCGGGAGGAAGGUGAAUGUGUUAGCGUUUUCUUGCGGUGUAAUAGUGUUUUUUUAAUAAAGGUUAUAUUCUAACACAGCAAUCAUGGGGAAUGUGUUUGCUAACUUGUUUAAAGGCCUGUUCGGCAAGAAAGAGAUGAGGAUACUCAUGGUAGGAUUAGAUGCUGCUGGUAAAACCACAAUUUUAUAUAAACUUAAACUAGGAGAAAUUGUUACGACUAUUCCAACUAUUGGUUUUAAUGUCGAGACUGUAGAAUAUAAGAACAUCAGCUUUACAGUAUGGGAUGUAGGUGGUCAAGACAAAAUUAGGCCAUUAUGGAGACACUACUUCCAAAAUACACAGGGCCUAAUCUUCGUGGUGGACAGCAACGAUAGAGAACGUAUCGGCGAGGCGAAGGACGAGCUGAUGCGCAUGCUGGCCGAAGACGAGCUGAGGGAUGCGGUGCUGUUGAUAUUCGCGAACAAACAGGAUUUGCCGAACGCGAUGAACGCAGCUGAAAUCACAGACAAAUUGGGACUGCACUCGUUAAGGAAUCGCAACUGGUACAUCCAGGCGACCUGUGCAACGAGCGGCGACGGAUUAUACGAGGGCCUCGACUGGCUGUCCAAUCAGUUAAAGAAUGCCAACCGUUAAGUGAAGUGAUGUUUGUUUUUUUUUUUAAAAAAAGUAAAUUUUUCGAUUUUGGUUUCAGUCACACCGUGAUUGUUUUGGACUACUUCAGUGUUACUAUACCAUAUGUUGCAAUGAUGACCCUCUUGUCUACUGUUUGUCAACAUGAAUAAAUUCGUAUUAAGAUAAAUGAGGCUAUUUUUAUUUUCAUUCUCUUUUAGUCUUUCUCGAGCGUUGUCGACAAACAGUAUACUUAGUGUUAAUGUUGCACUGUCUUAAUAGGUAUAUGUUUUUAUUUAUUUGGUGAUGCAGGAUUUAUUUUGUACCAUACUGAUUUUUUUUUGUAUCGGAAUAUAUCUGUACAGUAGAUAUUUGUAUUAAUAUACUAAAGGUAAAUCAGUUAUUUUUGUAACAUAUGGUAAGUCCUCGUUCAUCAUAGAACAUAAUCUAUUGGGCUCUGCUCAGGCAUUUUUAUUGUUUCAAUUUUUUCGAUUGUGUUGGUAAAUUGUAAGUUUACGAUUUAUUAUUACUUCCUUAUUUUUGUUCACAACUCGGUUACAUUUACAUUUUCAGCGUGGUUUUUAUUUGACAAACAGUGGAGUUGAGUGAUUUUUUGAAUUUCAUGGUAUAUUAGUAAACUUCUGAUUCGUGGACAUUCCCGUUUGUCAUGCUGUAUUAAAAAAUAAAUUUAUACUAUUAACUUAUUGUCUAUAAUUUAAUACAUAUUUUAAUUAAUUACACAUCUUUUAUUUAAUUCGGUCCGUCUGUGGAUUUUAGUACUAUUUUUGUAAACGAUUUAUUUAAAUAUAUGUAUAUGCUUUUUA